AUGAAAGGAAGUGAGAAGUUAUAUUCAAAAGAUAAAGGAAUCAAAAAGAAUCUCACAAUCGAAAGUGAAAGCGUUGAUAAGGCAGAAAAGACAACAAACGAAUCAAUUGAUUUAAGCAAGUAAUCUCCAUAUAGACGUUUCGCUCAAUCGGAAAAUAAAGAAACUGAGCCAAGGAAAAAAUCACCACCAAGAGUUAGCCCAGCACCAAAAGUGUUCCCGAAUUUAAUUAAACCGAUAAAUGAAAAAGCGUGGGAAGAUAGCUCAAAAAGCAGCGCAAAGCAAGAUACUUCUCAAGAUGUCUCAAAUGUGUCACAGCAGCCUUUAAAGACUUUAUCAAAUUCCCCAAGGCUUUCGAAUCUUUCACCGAAACAGACAGAAAAAAUUGAAAUCAGCCAAAAACAGAUCCCAGCUGUAAAGCAGAAGGUUAUAAAAAGAAGACACUCGAAGUCAAUUGGAGGUGAGCUGAAAAAACCGAUAGAAGAGAUCAAAAUUAACUGAGAAAAAGAUAUGGAAAAAUUAACCAAAGAAGAAAUGUCCAUUAAAAAGUCGCUAAAUCAGCUUGACAUGAAGUUUAAAGCAAUAAAAUCAAAAUCCACCAAAAGCCAGUCUCCAUUGAAAAUCGGUAAAGAAGAUAAAGAACAAAAAGAAAUCCAAAAAUCGCUAUUACAGAUUGAUGCGCUGCUAAAAAGGAUUUCUAAUAAAUACAAAGAAAAGCCUAAUAAAAAGGUAUCGCCUUCUCGAAUCCUAAGAAAAGCUUAA